GCAUUGUGAAGAAGGCAAUCAUAGCUGAGCAGCCGCGGAAGCAGGAACAGCAGCGUGCUAAGAAGCAGUCACAUAAACAGCAGCAGGAGUAGGCCUCCUCCUUUUUAAAAGCAGAAUACUGCAGGGUCGUGAAAUGCAAGAUUCUCAGAUGUUUGAAAAUCUCCCGAGUUGAGAAUGGCUACUGUAAAAGCGUCACCAAGAAACUCUGAUGAUCUGGACAGUCCUAACUCUGUGUUAGCAAUACUUACUUCUGGAAAAUUAAUGCUACUUCUUGUAGAUUUUUGCAAAUAGGAAACCCCCUUGAAGAAGAUCUCAAAUUACACCCCCCACCCCCCAAAAAAAGACAAACAGGGGAGAACAAAGUUUUGGCAUGCCUGCAGGAACGGUGGCUUUUUUAGAAACUACCUAGGAGGCAGAAGCUAAGCGAUUUGCUCAUGCCUCUUACCUGGGAGUAGAAGGUGGGAAGAAAUGGACCGAGGCUGUGACGAGAAGACAAGGCACAGUGCAGCUUGGUGAAGCCACACGCUGACUGCGUUCUGCCCCCUCUUCAUGCAGUGCUGCGGGCUGGUGCAUCGCCGGCGAGUACGGGUGUCCUAUGGUUCGGCAGACUCCUACACUAGCCGUCCAUCCGAUUCCGAUGUAUCUCUGGAGGAGGACCGGGAAGCAGUGCGCAGAGAAGCGGAGCGGCAGGCCCAGGCACAGUUGGAAAAAGCUAAGACAAAGCCCGUGGCAUUUGCGGUUCGGACAAAUGUCAGCUACAGUGCGGCCCAUGAAGAUGAUGUUCCAGUGCCUGGCAUGGCCAUCUCAUUUGAAGCAAAAGAUUUUCUGCAUGUUAAGGAAAAAUUUAACAAUGACUGGUGGAUAGGGAGACUGGUAAAAGAAGGCUGUGAAAUCGGAUUCAUUCCAAGCCCAGUAAAACUAGAAAACAUGAGGCUGCAGCAUGAACAGAGAGCCAAGCAAGGGAAAUUCUACUCCAGUAAAUCAGGAGGAAAUUCAUCAUCCAGUUUGGGUGACAUAGUACCUAGUUCCAGAAAAUCAACACCUCCAUCGUCUGCUGUAGACAUAGAUGCUACUGGCUUAGAUGCAGAAGAAAAUGAUAUUCCAGCAAACCACCGCUCCCCUAAACCCAGUGCAAACAGUGUAACGUCACCCCACUCCAAAGAGAAACGAAUGCCCUUCUUUAAGAAGACAGAGCACACUCCUCCGUAUGAUGUGGUACCUUCCAUGCGACCAGUGGUCCUAGUAGGCCCUUCUCUGAAGGGCUAUGAGGUCACAGAUAUGAUGCAAAAAGCGCUGUUUGAUUUUUUAAAACACAGAUUUGAAGGGCGGAUAUCCAUCACAAGGGUCACCGCGGACAUCUCGCUUGCCAAACGCUCAGUAUUAAACAAUCCCAGUAAGCACGCAAUAAUAGAAAGAUCCAACACAAGGUCAAGCUUAGCGGAAGUUCAGAGUGAAAUUGAAAGGAUUUUUGAACUUGCAAGAACAUUGCAAUUGGUGGUCCUUGAUGCAGAUACGAUUAAUCAUCCAGCUCAACUCAGUAAAACCUCCCUGGCCCCUAUUAUAGUAUAUGUAAAGAUUUCUUCUCCUAAGGUUUUACAAAGGUUAAUAAAAUCUCGAGGGAAAUCUCAAGCUAAACACCUCAACGUCCAGAUGGUAGCGGCUGAUAAACUCGCUCAGUGUCCUCCAGAGUUGUUCGAUGUGAUCUUGGAUGAGAACCAGCUUGAGGAUGCCUGUGAGCACCUUGCCGACUAUCUGGAGGCCUACUGGAAGGCCACCCAUCCUCCCAGCAGCAGCCUCCCCAACCCUCUCCUUAGCCGUACAUUAGCCACUUCAAGUCUGCCUCUUAGCCCCACCCUAGCCUCUAAUUCACAGGGUUCUCAAGGUGAUCAAAGGACUGAUCGCUCCGCUCCUAUCCGUUCUGCUUCCCAAGCUGAAGAAGAACCUAGUGUGGAACCAGUCAAGAAAUCCCAGCACCGCUCUUCCUCCUCAGCCCCACACCACAACCAUCGCAGUGGGACAAGUCGCGGCCUCUCCAGGCAAGAGACAUUUGACUCGGAAACCCAGGAGAGUCGAGACUCUGCCUACAUAGAGCCAAAGGAAGAUUAUUCCCAUGACCACGUGGACCACUAUGCCUCACACCGUGACCACAACCACAGAGACGAGACCCACGGGAGCAGUGACCACAGACACCGGGAGUCUCGGCACCGUUCCCGAGACGUGGAUCGAGAGCAGGACCACAAUGAGUGCAACAAACAGCGCAGCCGUCAUAAAUCCAAGGAUCGCUACUGUGAAAAGGAUGGAGAAGUGAUAUCCAAAAAACGGAAUGAGGCUGGGGAGUGGAACAGGGAUGUUUACAUCCGCCAAUGACUUUUACCCUUUUGUGUGUGUGUGUGUGUUUUUUUUUUUCGAAGUCUUGUAUAACAGCAUCCCCAAAACAAAGCCUUUGGGGUCUACACUGCAAUCAUAUGUGAUCUGUCUUGUAAUAUUUUGUAUUGCUGUUGCUUAAAUAGCAAUAGCAUGAAUAGAGUAUUAAGAUACUUUUUCUUUUGUAAGUGCUACAUAAAUUGGCCUGGUAUGGCUGCAGUCCUCCGGUUGCAUACUGGACUCUUCAAAAACUGUUUUGGGUAGCUGCCACUUGAACAAAAUCUGUUGCCACCCAGGUGAUGUUGGUGUUUAAAGAAAUGUAGUUGAUGUAUCCAACAAGCCAGAAUCAGCACAGAUACAAAGUGGAAUUUCUCAUUUCUCCAGAUUUUUAAUACGCAGGCACCUGAUUUGCAUAUUCAUUCAUGGACCACUGUUUCUUGCUUGUACCUCUGGCUGACUAAAUUUGGGGACAGAUUCAGUCUUGCCUUACACAAAGGGGAUCAUAAAGUUAGAAUCUAUUUUCUAUGUACUAGUACUGUGUACUGUAUAGACAGUUUGUAAAUGUUAUUUCUGCAAACACCUUCUUAUAUUAUAUAUAUAUAUAUAUAUAUAUAUAAGUUUGAUCACACUAUUUUAGAGUCUUAAUGCCAAGUCAGCAGAUUUGCUUUAUGAAUUACAGGGACUAGAAAUGCCCACAUUCAGGAAAUUUGUAAUAACAUUGUCUAGACACCUAUCCUCAUUCUAGUAGAAAGAUUGUACAUACUGUAAAUACGUGUGAUUGCUUGACUUGAAAAGGUUUGAAUUCUGAAUGUUAUACCAUCCUUGUAAGUUUGUAAUUUUCACCAUAAAUUAUGGUAAAUAUAAAACUCCAGAGGUUGUUCUACUCCAUACAGUUCACACUGAUUGUGACACAUUCUUAGUAGCUAGUGUCUGUUCUAGUCACUGCACUGGAGUCUAUGAGCCGGAACUCGCUAUAUGCACGUGUGUGUUUCCGUAUGUACGAGUGUGCACGAGUGACUGAAUGGCUGAGAUGAAUUGGAAUGCUGAAGACUAGUGAAGAAACUAAAGACUGAUAUCGAGCAUUCUGCCCACCUGGCUCUGUAUUUAAUUGUGCUAUAUGUUGCUUUAAUAACCCAUUGAGCAGUCAGGGAAUGUGAGUAAGCUUGCUGCCAAAGGUAACUAGGAAAGCAUUCAUCUGCUGCCUCCUUGUUUUUGCUCCUAGAGAGUAAAAAAUGCAGGCAAUUUUACUGUGAGUGUUUCACUGGAAAUGUACAAUCUUUGUGUGUUAGAGUAUUUGUUUUAGUAAGAAAUGUUUACACAGCUUGUGGAAUUAUUUCGUGGGAAAAUAAAUUUUUAUAACUUCUCCCACUUCA